AUGCUCGUUGCACGGCUGCCAACAGGCUCACCACUCGUGCGCACGCUCGCAGCCCGCCGCUCGCUCGCCAGCUUCACCCCCACCAACUCGCUCUCCUCGGUCCACACUACGCGCGCAGACCAGAUGCCGCCCGCGAAUCCGCCAGAAUGGCACGACUGGCGCAUGGGAGUGCCCUCGUCCACCCCGACCGACUCGCCCAUGCUGAGAAACCAGGGGAAACUGCCCCGUUUGCCGGUCGUCCCCCUCGAAGAGACUCUCGCCCGCCUCAGACGCUCGUGCGAACCCCUCGCAAAGGACGAGAAGGAGCUCAGGGAGGUGGAGAAGAAGAUCGAGGCGUUUGGGCGGCAAGGGGGCGUCGGGCGCAAACUGCAGGACCUGCUGGAGCAGAAGCGCGAGGAGAAGGGGAUGCGCAACUGGCUCGCAAAGGACUGGGACGAGCAGGCCUACAUGGCCUACCGCGACUCGAUCAUCAUCAACGUCUCGUACUACUUCGGCUUCGACCGCCUCCCGCAAGCGCCUCCCUCCGCACCAAACCCUCCCGCCGCAGACCCCGCCUACGUCGCUGCAAGCAUCGCCAAAACCGCCCUCGAGUUCCGCCGACUGAUCGCAACAGGCCUUCUCGAACCCGAACUCGUCGGCCGCAGCAAGGAAGACGGCGAACUCUGCAUGGAGUCGUACAAGUGGGCUUUCAACGCUUGUCGCGUACCGGCGAGCCCGUCUGAUUACGCGGUCAAGACUGCCGAGACGGAUCCCGAAGCGCAACACUUUGUCGUCGUCAAGCGCAACAGGUUCUACAGCGUGCCCAUCGUUGAUGUGGCGGGACAGGAGUUCAGCGUCGAGGGAUUCAGGAAGGCAAUUCAGGAGGUUGUCGAACAAGCGGAGAUGGAGGGCGACGCUGCGCCUCCAGUCGGCGUCUUGACGGGCAUCAACCGCGACCGCUGGGCCGAGGCGCACGGGCACCUCUCCUCGAACCCGACGAACGUCAAGACGCUCCGCUCCAUCCACCAGUCCGCAUUCGUCAUCUGUCUCGACGAGGCUGAGCCGUCGAGCAAGACGCCCGAAGAGAACGUCGACUUUUCCUGGCGCUUGUGGACGGGCGGUGAGGAGGCGGGAAACAGGUGGUGGGACAAGCCGCUGCAGUGGAUGGUGUACCGGAAUGGCGAGGCGGGCUUUGUCGGAGAGCAUUCCUGCAUGGACGGCACGCCUACCGCUAGACUCAACGACUUUCUCACCAAGCGCCUUCUCACGAACGAGCCCUUCCCUCACUCGUCCUCCGCAACCUCCAGUACCCCCUCUCCCUCGCCACUCCCCUUCGAACUCGACUCGACCGCCCUCUCGCACGUUGAAAAGGCGCACGAGGAGCACCGCAAGCACAUCGAGCCGUAUGCGCUGCAUUACCUGAGUUAUGAGCGGUAUGGAAAGGAGGGGAUCAAGAAGAUGAAGGCGAGCCCGGAUGGUUGGGUCCAGAUGCUCUUCCAGAUCGCCUACUACCUCACCUUCAAGAAGCCCUGCGGCACGUACGAAGCUGCCCAGACGCGCCGCUACCAGCUCGGCCGGACCGAAACCGUCCGCAUCCUCACUCCCGAAUCCCUCGCCUUUGUCAAAUCCCUCGUCGACUCUCCUUCCUCCUCGUCGGCAUCCGACAAAGUCGCCCUCUUCCGCGCUGCACUCGCUCAGCAUGGGAAGGACAUGAAGCUUGCCUCCGCCGGGAUGGGCAUCGAUCGCCAUUUGUUCGGGUUGAAGAUGCUUGCGGCGACCAAGCUCGGCGAGCAGGAGAAGAAGGAGGUGAUGGAGGGUGACGGGUUGUUUGCGGAUCCGCUGGUCAAGGAGAGCGGGACGUGGAGGAUGAGCACGAGUCAGAUCUACAUUCGGCACUCGCCGGCGUAUGGCUGGGGACCCGUCGUCGACGGCGGACUCGGCUUGCCCUACAUGAUCCAUCCCGAAUCGCUCCAGCUCACCGUCAGCUGCCAAAAGACCGUCCCAGGCGACCUCUACAUCAAGAACUUUGCCAAGGCCGCCGACCUCUUGAUGGACUUGUUUGAGCAGGCGGAGCGGGACGGGCAGGGCAAGGCGAAGGCGUAA